AUGAGAAUUACAGCUCUCUUGAGUGAAUUAUUCAUUUAUAUCCCGGCAGUGCUAAUGUACACUAGAUGGAUGGGGAGGUAUUACAACAAGGCUUCUCCUAUUGACCAAACUAUCAUUGCGGCGGCCAUCCUCUACCAGCCGUCUCUGAUUAUUAUUGACCAUGGCCAUUUUCAAUACAAUUCUGUGAUGCUUGGUCUAUCUCUCUUUGCAAUUGUCAACCUCUUGGAAAACAACUAUGCUUUAUGCUCGGUAUUCUUUGUGUUGGCUCUUGGUUUCAAACAAAUGGCACUCUAUUACGCUCCAAUUUUCUUUUUCUAUCUUCUUAGUGUCUGCAUUUUCCCGUUCUCCAAGAUGAACCUUUUGAGACUGGUUUCCAUUGGAGUCUCCGUGCUUUUCACGUUUGUGCUGAUGUUUUUACCCUUCGUGUACAAGGGCGGAUUCGGGCAAAUCAUACAAAUACUUAUCCGCGUGUUUCCAUUCGAUAGAGGCAUUUUUGAAGAUAAGGUGGCCAAUUUUUGGUGCGCUUCAAACGUGAUCGUUAAGUACAGAAAAAUCUUCACUCAAGAUCAGUUGAAGAAACUGUCUCUCCUGUUGACGUUGGCAGGAAUCGCGCCCUCCUCCAUCACCAUUUUUAUAAAGCCAAGCAAGAAAUUAUUUACCUGGUGCUUGGCAUCCUGCUCACUGGCUUUUUAUCUUUUUUCAUUCCAGGUGCAUGAGAAAUCGAUUCUUCUGCCUCUGAUGCCAAUCACUCUUCUCCUCAACGAAGUUGAUCCCGACGUCAUAUCUAUGGUUUGUUGGAUUGCCAACAUUGCUUUGUUCUCCAUGUGGCCGCUUCUCAAGCGAGACCAGUUGUCUCUUCAAUAUUUUGUUUUAGGGAUUUUGAGCAACUGGCUCAUGGGCAAUUUGAGUUGGAUCAGAAUGUAUUUGAGAAUGGCUAAAAUUCCCGUUCUUGCCAGGGAACUUGCAACGCCAGUGCUUCCUCACAACUUAUUUUGGCGCUUUGUCAUCAUCAGUUCGUAUACUCUGGCCACGUUACUACACAUACUCGAUUAUUUUUUCGAGCCCCCAAAGCAGCUGCCACACCUUUGGGUGAUCUCUAAUGUCGUCCUAUCUUUUGGCUGUUUCAUGUUGUUUUGGUGUUGGACAAACUACAAAAUCAUCCAGAAAGCAACCUCCAAGGUUAAAGCCAAUUAA